ACAGAGAUCUGCGAUUCGACUUCACUCUCCCAGCCGAUAUAAGUAUACAGAAAAGAGAGAAGGCGGAAGCGAAGAGAUCUGCAAAUUCCCUUCAUAUAUCUGCUUAUGUACGUGUGUUCAGUUGUACUCAACUGAAUAAAUCGAGCUCUGUAAUUUUUAGUCUCUCAAUUGAAUCUCCACAGAUCUCACUUAUCCCCAAAUGGCUCAGCCUCUCGUGAAGAAGGACGACGAUCGCGACGACGAAAUGGAUUACUCUCCAUUCAUGGGGAUCGAGAAGGGUGCUGUUCUGCAGGAAGCGAGGGUCUUUAAUGAUCCUCAAUUGGAUCCUAGGAGAUGUUCACAGGUUAUCACAAAGCUUUUGUAUCUACUCAAUCAGGGAGAGACCUUUACAAAGAUUGAAGCUACUGAAGUGUUUUUUGCUGUCACAAAGCUUUUUCAAUCAAAGGAUGUUGGUUUGAGGAGAAUGGUCUACUUGAUGAUAAAAGAAUUGUCCCCAUCAGCAGAUGAGGUUAUUAUCGUUACCAGCUCCCUCAUGAAGGAUAUGAAUAGCAGAACUGACAUGUAUAGAGCAAAUGCAAUUCGUGUCCUCUGCCGGAUCACCGAUGGAACACUCCUCACGCAAAUUGAGAGAUACUUGAAACAGGCCAUUGUUGACAAAAACCCUGUUGUUGCAAGUGCUGCCCUUGUCAGUGGGAUUCAUUUGCUACAGACAAAUCCUGAGAUUGUCAAAAGGUGGAGCAAUGAGGUGCAAGAAGCUGUCCAAUCUAGGGCUGCUUUAGUGCAGUUCCACGCACUUGGUUUGCUACAUCAGAUACGUCAAAAUGAUCGUUUAGCUGUUAGCAAACUAGUUACCAGCUUGACAAGGGGGACUGUUCGUUCUCCAUUGGCCCAAUGCCUUUUGAUUCGUUAUACCAGUCAAGUCAUCAGGGAAUCAGGCAUGAAUAACCAAACGGGGGAGCGUCCAUUCUAUGAUUAUCUUGAGGGUUGUCUGCGACAUAAAGCAGAAAUGGUUAUUUUUGAAGCAGCGAGGGCAAUCACAGAGUUGAGUGGUGUGACCAGUCGGGAAUUAAAUCCUGCAAUAACUGUCCUACAACUCUUUUUAAGUUCUUCCAAGCCAGUACUUCGAUUUGCUGCUGUUCGUACUCUUAAUAAGGUAGCAAUGACUCAUCCAACAGCUGUAACAAACUGCAAUAUAGACAUGGAGAGCUUGAUUUCUGACCAAAACAGGAGCAUAGCCACUCUGGCCAUAACCACUCUACUAAAAACAGGGAAUGAAUCCAGUGUUGAUCGAUUGAUGAAACAGAUAACAAAUUUUAUGUCUGACAUUGCUGAUGAGUUCAAGAUUGUUGUGGUAGAGGCCAUCAGAUCAUUGUGUUUAAAGUUCCCCCUCAAGUAUAGAUCUCUGAUGAACUUUUUAAGCAAUAUUUUGAGGGAAGAAGGUGGAUUUGACUACAAAAAGGCAAUUGUUGACUCAAUCGUGAUCCUCAUUAGAGAUAUUCCAGAUGCUAAAGAAAGUGGGCUACUACACUUGUGUGAAUUCAUUGAGGAUUGUGAAUUUACAUAUCUUUCUACUCAGAUCCUUCACUUUCUUGGAAAUGAAGGACCAAAAACCUCGGAUCCAAGCAAAUAUAUCCGUUACAUAUACAAUCGGGUAAUAUUGGAAAAUGCAACUGUUCGGGCUGCUGCUGUUAGCACACUGGCAAAGUUUGGUGCUAUGGUUGAUUCACUGAAGCCCCGUAUUUUCAUUUUGUUGAAGCGCUGCCUCUUUGACAAUGAUGAUGAGGUUCGUGAUAGAGCUACACUUUACUUAAAUACUCUUGGAGGUGAUGGUUCUGUUGUUGAAACCGAAGGUGAAGUGAAGGAGUUCUUGUUUGGCUCAUUUGAUGUCCCGUUAUCCAAUAUGGAGACAAGUUUGAAGAAUUAUAUCCAGGAUCCUUCUGAAGAAUCUUUUGAUAUUAAUUCUGUUCCAAAGGAGGUUAAAUCUCAGCCUCUUGCAGAGAAAAAAGCCCCAGGUAAAAAACCAACAGGACUGAGUGCUCCUCCUAGUGCUCCCGCUUCUGCAGCUGAUGCUUAUGAAAAGCUGUUACUCUCCAUUCCUGAAUUUGCAAGCUUUGGGAAGCUUUUCAAGUCAUCAGCACCAGUGGAGCUUACAGAAGCUGAAACUGAAUAUGCAGUUAAUGUUGUCAAGCACAUCUUCGAUAACCAUGUUGUGUUACAGUAUAACUGCACCAAUACAAUCCCUGAGCAAUUGUUGGAAAAUGUUAUUGUAGUUGUGGAUGCUUCAGAUGCUGAGGAAUUUGCUGAAAUUGCAUCCAAACCUUUAAGGUCGCUCCCAUAUGAUUCACCGGGGCAGAUAUUUGUUGCAUUUGAGAAGCCAGGAGGAGUCCCUGCUGUUGGAAAAUUCUCAAACGUGUUGCGUUUUAUUGUUAAAGAGGUUGAUCCAUCUACCGGUGAGGCAGAAGAAGAUGGUGUAGAAGAUGAAUACCAGCUAGAGGAUCUUGAAGUUGUUGCAGCAGAUUAUAUGCUCAAAGUGGGGGUCUCCAAUUUCAAAAAUGCAUGGGAAAGCAUGGGUUCAGAUUUUGAGCGGCUUGAGGAAUAUGGUCUUGGCCCAAGGGAUAGCCUGACAGAAGCUGUGAAUGCAGUCAUUAGUCUUCUUGGCAUGCAACCCUGUGAGGGCACUGAAGUUGUAGCAACCAAUUCAAGAUCACAUACAUGUUUAUUGUCUGGUGUGUUCAUCGGCAAUGUCAAGGUGCUUGUUCGGUUGUCUUUCGGAAUUGAUGCGCAGAAAGAAGUUGCAAUGAAAUUGGUAGUCAGAUCCGAGGAUGAAUCUGUUUGUGUUGCCAUACAUGAAAUUGUUGCAAGCGGCUAGAUCGUUAAGUUGACAGGAAAUGGUCUACUCAUUCAUGUUAAAUAGGCGAAUUGGACUAUUCAAAUUAUUCUUCAGGCUGAGAACUAGACAAUGUGCGAACGGAGGGGAAUACAGCUUACUGAUGCGAUCAAUCACUACAGUUAGUUUCCUUUUUGCUUGGAAGAGUCUUAGGAGUGGAAUCAAUUUCAAUAUAUGAAUUUUGAAUUAAUAGCCUUACUUUUCCUUUGUACUAUUGCCAUUUUGAUAUUUGGCAAAUUGCCUUGUGUAGUAUUCAUUUAUGAAUUUAGGGACCGGAUGGCUUUCACUUUGGCGUGCAUAUGCAGAUAUGAGAAUUAAGUACCAGGAUACUCUUGGAGAUGGUGAAAUAGGCUAUAGAUCGAAAUAUGAUCCCUUCCUGUUGUGUAUAA